AUGUUCUCAUGUAACAGAAUCAAUGUCAACCUUGUGAAGAAAGACGUGUUCCACACCUGCGACGACUUCAUUCCGGUAACUUUAUUCCUUUUUUCAGAUUGACAAAAUUUUAUUCACAGGGCGUUGACACCAAGGACGUCGUCAAGCUUCGCAAGGUCGAACAAAGAGGAAAAAUUAAUGAAGCCUCAAGCUGGCACCGGCCGAGAAACUUUGAGCAAUGCAAGUUUAUUUUUUAAUGACCUGGUGUAUGGUCUGGGUAAGAAUUUUUUUUUCUUCUGCCAAAUAAAGAUUUGCGCAUCAUUACUGCAUUCAUUACUUUAGUGAAGUUUUAUAAACAAACAGAUUCGAAGCAAGGAAACUCGACAGAAACAUUUUGUCAAACGAAAGCAUAGAAUCCACCAGGAACUUCAAGCUACUGCACAAAACAGAUACGAAAAAUUAAAGAAAAGCUCAGGAAGUUUUCAUUUAAAAGCUUAUUUUGCGUAAGUUUCUACGAGUUCGAAAAGAAAAAAAGGUAAGUUCCAGCAAUAAAAAUCUUUACACAGCACAGACAAAACAAACAAAUAAAUGACAGAGAAGAAGUCAAAAAGUGUGAAAGGGUUUGCCAAGAAAGAUUCAUGAGAACAAAGACAUUUCAUCGUUUGGCAGCACUUAAAGAACAAUCUUUCAAGACGCAAACUGUUUAUGUGAGGUCACAUAAACGUUUGAACGAGUAAAGAAAGACUGGUGUUUGGGAAAUGGUUAUCUCAAAAUAGUCGGUAGAAUCGCUGGACAAACACAGAUAGUCGUUUGAAUUCCUUGAAAACACCAGUAACUUCUGCUUUUUAGACCAAAAACUUGGCCAUCGUGAUCAAAGUCAAGGAAAAGGAUAGAAGAUCUCUCAAUAUGACACAAAAAUUUUUUUGUUAUAUUUUUUUCAAUGAGUCGCAUUACAAUAAAAAGAUAACCGUGGCGAUCUCUAGUAUCUUUUUUUCCGAUUCAUCGCGACGCAGUAUUUUUUUCGAGAAACAGAGCUCUUUCUGAGACAGUCUCAAUCAUUUAAUUUUUAGCUAUUUUUUUAAUCAACUGGAACGAGAUUCAGUUUUUAUAUCAUAAGAUAACUUUGCUUACGUUUUUUUUCAGAGCAACGGAAAUUGAGAAAAAAAGCUUGAAUUUACUCAGUCUCCGGCAAGUUCAGGCGUCUCAGAACGGGAAUUCUUGUUUCACCGAGCAGAACAAUUAUUUGCGGACGUACUGAGCCGCCAUAACUUUGUACUAAAACAAAAAAGACAGAUCUGAAAAACAUCUAAGCAAAGUUUCAUCAAAGUCAGGAUCUGGACGUAUUUUUAUUAUUCUUAUGCUUUCACAAGUCGUGCAAACUGUUGGAAACUCUGGCAAUUCAGUCUUUUCGUUUAUUUUCUAGUCGCAAUCAUCGAGAAAUAUCAUACCAAACUCAAAGUUUUCCAAUUUUUUGAACUUCUUCCUUUUUUCUCUCUUUAAAAUGAAGUUUUUAUCUAUCUGCAAUUUAUUUUUUGUCUUUUCGCGGUAUCUGUUCGUUCGAAAUUUUGUGCAAACUUCUUAUAUGAAUGAAUUUAUUUUUCAGGAAAAACACCUGUAUCUCGACAUGUCCGUCUCUGGUAGCCCUCUCCUGAAAGGAAUUCUCGAGGCCUCCAAGGAGGAUCAUACGAUCUACAUCCAUAAGAAUACGUACAUUUUGGUAAGCUUUCGAUAUGAACAGAAAUAGCUUUUGGAUGUCACCUCCUCUAGAAUAUAGAAACCCUUGUGGUUGCUUAUUCUAAAAAUAUUUUUUUCAGCUUGAACACGAAAACGAGCUUUUAAUGUUCGGAGUGUCAUUUUAUUCUUAUCUUUUAACAAAAUUUUCCAGGUGGAUUCAGCGCCGGAAGCGAUUGGUUGGGCUGUUGAGUCAUUCGCAAUUUCUUCCGACGGGCUUCUCUCGACAUGGGAUUCCACUUUGGAGGCUUUCAGCCGGGACUUGAUUCCCCGGACGCCUCCAUUUUUCUCGACUCCUUGUUCUUCGUCUGUGAUCGAGGUUAGUUGAGCUCUUUCAUUGCCAAAAAACUUCAAAACUGAGGCAACACAUUCUAUUUUUUUUUACGUGGUUUGAUUUGAAAUCCGUUUUUUUGUCACAGUAACUGAAUUUUUUCAGGAGGACUGGGAAACAGGAAAAACUGGCCGUGCUCACGAAUGGUCGACGACGUUUUCCGAUGGCCUGCUGUCGUCAACGGACUCCACCUUGAAGGCGAUCAGCCGGGACUUGAUCCCCCGGACGCCUCAAUCGUCUUCCAAACCUUUUUCUCUUGAUUUGGAGACAACGUCUUCCGACGGAUUAUUGUCGACUUUGAUUUCUAGUCUGUCCACAACGUCAUCCGGUCUCUCCGUUACAAGUCCAUCUCUGACAAGAAGUCUUUCGUCUUCUCACCGUCCCGUCAGGGUGAGUCAUGUUUUUACUCAUUUUCUCUUCUUUAAGAAUGGAAGACAUCUUCACACAUUUCAGCAUGUUUUUCAGAACUUCCAUGUCCGUCGGGACCGAGAAAACGCCAAGAAUAUGAUCACCUUCAUGUGCGAACGAUCGUCCAGUGAACAACUUCUUGUAAGAAGAAUGAAUGAUAAGGUAACUUUUGCAAAAUUGAACGAGAUUACGAAGAACGAUUUCUCAGUUCAAGGAGCUGAUGUCCGAAGCUUCGGAUGAGUCGCCGGAAUACAACGAGAGUAUCACGACCAACGCUGCCAGCGACCAUUCAGUCCUGAUCCCCAACUUCUCUGGAUUGAGAAACGCGGUACAUUUUUUCUGAUAAUUUAUUUAAUCAUUUCUUCUUGACAAGGUGCCAUGCAAAUACGAAAAAAAUUACAAAAAAGAUUUUGGUUGUAUGGGCUGAAUUCGUGUGAGAAAGUUCGGCUGAUAACGUUUGGGAAAAAUUUUUCAUACUUUCCGCUCAAUCCUCUUGAAGUACGAGCAUGACACUUCUAUGAAAAAUAGGCGAUUUUUCAACCGAAAUUCUCACCUAGUACCUAUUUCAGAUCUCCACUGGAUCCUUCGAGGUCGUCGCCACGUUCGAAGCCGCAUCCGAAUCUUUCUCCAGGUAAGCUUUAUUCAGCCUUAGUGAUAUUUGGAUUUCAGAAUGAAUGUGUAUGCGAGCGUCGAGGAAAGCCUCGAAAUGUUGGGCGACGUCAAAUCGGCGGCUAUCAAAGAAGGAAUCCGUGUGACGGGGUUUGUCAGAAACAGGAAAUUUCAGCAAAAAUAUAUUUUCAGAUUCGUGAGCUGUGCCAUUGGCUGUCCUUGCGAAUGUAAAGUUUUGCCUGCUCAUCUGACUCAGAUCACAAAACUCUUGCUCCGCUUUGGUUGCACUGAAGGUGAGGAAUUUUACCAUUGUUGGGUAUUUCGUAGAAAAUUGGUGCUUGGAAUAACAAAGUUGGGAUCCGUGUCUCUUGGUUCUGCAGGACUCUGAUAAAGACGUUCAAAAAAAAAGUGAAGUCAAAAAUCUUACAUUGUGAAUUUUUUUAUGCUUCCCUUCUUAUCACGCUUUUCGUGAUUUUAAUAAUUUACGAAAACUUUUCAGUCCACGUCAAAGAGACAAAAAGUCGCACUGACGGAUUCAGCGGGAGACUUUAUCAAUAUUCGGCUCACGUCUACUCCCACGGAUGGAACUGCGGUACCGUCUGAAAAACGCCAACGACAUGACACUUGUGGAUAUUCACAUUCCUGUCCAGGUCAGUAAUCUGAAAUUUGCUGGAACUUUUGUUUUCGAUUAUAAGUAUCCAUUGUAAUUUUCGGGGUCAAAAAAUAAUUUUUCAUAUGAACAAGAGCCGAAAAGUUAGAAUAAAAAAUCUUUAUUUUUUCUUAAUACAUAUAUAACUAUUUUUCAGAAAGGAAUUUGUGUUGGAAACACAUCGAAUGGGGAAUCUGACGGAGUUCCUCAUCUGCCGUCCAAGGACAACACCGGGGAAGAAGCCGACGUCGUCAUCUACAAAUUCUAG